AACCAAUGGGUGCACUCGCGGCACGUCAGCAUUCAGCAUCAGCAACAAAGUUAGCAACUCAGAAAAUCACCACGACUCUAUAUACUUAUUUACACAUGUUAUCAAAUCAAUGAUUUGAAAAAUUUGUUUGAAACUUUGGCAAUUUUAUGUUGUGUUAAAAGUACUAUCUAGUCAUGUGGGCAGACACAAUUUUAAUUUUAUUUAUUAGUGUUUGCACGGCCCUUUUGGGUGAAGGCUUAACUUGGUUGAUGGUGUAUAGAACAGAAAAGUAUCAAAAACUCAAAGCAGAGGUUGAAAAACAAAGUAAAAAAUUGGAAAAACGGAAGGAAGCUCAUGGAGAUUCACUGGAUAAACAGCAAAAAAAAAAAAUUGAGAGAGAAGAAGAGAGACUAAAAAAUAAUAACAGAGAUUUGUCCCUUGUCAAGAUGAAAUCUAUGUUUGCCAUUGGUUUUGCUUUCACUGCGCUAUUGAGUAUGUUUAAUAAUAUAUUUGAUGGACGUAUUGUAGCAAGACUACCAUUUGUUCCCAUCAGUUGGAUUCAAGGUCUGUCCCACAGAAAUUUACCAGGAGACGAUUACACCGAGUGUUCUUUUAUAUUUUUAUACAUUCUCUGCACUAUGAGUAUAAGACAGAAUAUUCAAAAAUUACUAGGCUUUGCACCAUCAAGAACAGCAAGUAAACAAAGUGGAAGCAUAUUUGGACCACCACCGCAACAAUUCAAGUAAAAAUGUAUCUGCCUAUCUGAUUUAAAUGCUGAAUGAUUGGAACAAUGGUGAAUGAAAGUUAAAGAAAAAAAUAAAGAAUAUUUGUACAUUUAUUUACACAAUAUCUUACAAAAAAUUACCAAAUAUUAACUUCCCGUAAAGGUUGCUCUGUAAUAAAUCGAUCAAAACCUAAUCUCGAUAAAUCAA